UUCAGUGUGAUGAGCUGCAAUUGCCAAGUUCCCGUAUUGGAAUCGUGUAGCCUCUGCCGUUUCCCGUUGAGAAGGCAGGUGGAGCCACGAGUAUAGCGCGUGCGUCCUCGGCGCCUCGGGCCAUGACGACGGUGAAGGAUGCGCUCCAUCGCCUCAUCGACGGCCUCCGCUCGCUACCGCCACGUCGUCGGACGGGCCGCCGCGCGGGCGCCGCCACCAGUUCCAAUAAGGGGCCCCGGGUCGUCGUCAUCCGCCGGCCCGGGAGCCCGGACCGCGCCGCGGCGCAACAGCGAGCGACGUCCUCGGCACCGGUCACCAUCCGCGUGGCCACCUUCAACGCCGCCAUGUUCUCCAUGGCGCCCGCCGUUCCGCCGGCGGCGAACGGCGACGACGAGCUGCAGUACCCGCGGAGCACGGGCACCACCGCCGGCGCGGGGCGGCGGCAGCCGAAGAAGGGGAUCCUGAAGGCGCAGGGCCCGGCGUCCCCGGUGAAGCAGCAGCUGCGCGUGUCGAUCAACCUCCAGGACGACGAGAUCACGGCGGAGAGGGUCCGGAACGCCGCCGGGGGAGCAGGAGCCGGCAGCAGCAGCAGCAGCAACGGCGGCGGCGCCUGGAAGGGGAAGGAGGCGGUGGCGGAGGAUGCGAGAGGGGGCGCGAGGGUGCCGGAGUGGAGGAGGUCGUCGUCGCGGAGGACGAGGAGCGUGGCGGAGGUGCUGCGGGAGGUGGGCGCCGACAUCGUCGGCCUGCAGAACGUGCGCGCCGAGGAGUGGCGCGGGAUGCGGCCGCUGGCGGACCUCGCCGAGGGGCUCGGCAUGCGCUACGUGUUCGCGGAGAGCUGGGCGCCCGAGUACGGCAACGCCGUGCUCUCCCGCUGGCCCAUCAAGCGCUGGAAGGCGCACCGCGUCGCCGACCACUCCGACUUCCGGAACGUACUGAGGGUCACUGUCGAUGUGCCGGGAGCAGGGGAGGUGAACUUCCACUGCACGCAUCUGGACCACCUCAACGAGGUCUUGAGGAUGAAGCAGGUGAACUCCAUACUACGAUCGGCCGAUGGCCAUCACAUCCUCGCCGGCGGCCUGAAUGCGCUCGACGCCACGGACUACUCCGGCGAUCGCUGGGCCGACAUUGUCAAGUACUACGAGGAGAUCGGCAAGCCGGCGCCGAAGACUGAGGUGAUGAGGUACCUGAAGGCGAAGCGGUACGUCGACGCCAAGGACUUCGCCGGAGAGUGCGAGGCCGUGGUGGUGGUGGCCAAAGGGCAAGAUGUGCAGGGGACGUGCAAGUACGGCACGAGGGUGGAUUACAUCCUGGCGUCGCCGAACUCUCCCUACAAGUUCGUCCCCGGGUCGUACGCCGUCGUCUCCUCGAGAGGGACAUCCGAUCAUCACAUCGUCAAGGCGGACGUAACCGUCGCCGGCGAUGACGGUGCGCGCAGCGUUCGGAGGCAGAGGGUGGUGAGGAUGAGCAAAGGAUCGGCGAAAGGGAUAUGGGCAGCGAGAUAGCUCCGAUUUCUUGGUGAUUCUGUCACUAGAUUUCUUGUAUAUAUAUUUUCCUUGGUUUGUAGAUUGCCUCUGUUUUGUUCUUAUACAAAUUAUUAAAGGUCCCUGUUCUUCUGUUUAUCUCGAAUAGAUUAUACAGCUGAGCUAUUGACCUUAGUGAGAACAUAGGUUGUGAUACUGAUCAAGGCAGCACCACUGUGAGUAACGUGUAACCAGAAUGCGUUAAAAGUUGAAACCAGUGGAAGUUUGUGCGGCCCAACAAUAAUGGGCACCACUUGCAGCACA